AUGCAAUUCAAAAAUAUUUAAUUCAUUUGGACUGUUAUCUUAGCAAACCUAGUUUAUGGAGCUGAAAAACUCGUUGUAUCACAACUGAAUGGUCUUUUUAGUAGAGCAGAUGUUUCAUGGGUUAGUAAUAGUGUAUUUAUAUGCGGAGCAACUGACUAUACAGAUUUUUCAAGUUCAAGUGUUUUGGGUGUGUUUGGUUUAAAUAAUAAUGUUACUUAAAAUACCUUUAAUCUUCCACCACAUUGGAGUUUCUCUGUCAGAUUUGACCUUAUACUCUCUUAAUCUUUAGAUACUAAUCCAGAUGACGAUACUAUAUUUGUAAAAAUUGAAGGAGUGACAGAUAAGUUCUAAAAAGUAAGUGCAGGUGGUGGAUAUAAGUUAUGUACAACUGGGACUAGUUGGGGUGAUGAAUUAGUCCUUUACUAUAGAAAUUUUACUCAUAAUUCACCUUCUACCACUAUUAAACUUGAAUCAAAAACAAAUGAAGAUAUUACUAAUGAAGGUUACGCAUUAAAGAAUUUUUAUCUAUUUGUAGAUACUUGCCAUGAUACUUGUUUAACUUGUAAUGGACCAGCAGCAAAUCAGUGUUUAAGUUGCCCAUCUAAUUCGGAUUAAAGUGGAAGUACGUGCUAAUGUAAAAGCGGUUACUAUGCCCAAAAUAAUUCUUGUAUUAGAUCUUGCUCAUCAGGUUUUAAAUAAGAUGCAACAGGAUAAUUCUGUGUUUUAGAUUUUUGCGAUAAAGCAAAAUGCAAAUCUUGUGAUAAUGUUUUAGAUAUAUGUACUGAUUGUCUUUCAGGGCUUUUUUUGAUAGAUGGAUAGUGUGUAGAUGAAUGCCCCUCAUAUUCGACAGCUAGCGGAUCGAUAUGUGAAGAUCUAAAAUCUAAAACUAGCAAUGGAGUUUACUUGCUUAAAAGUAUGUUUGACACUAAUUUCGGAGAAAGCGAAGUGCAAGGUGCAGGUAUCACAAUUGAAGGAUUUUAAGGAUUCAACAAUAAGGAAAGUGGAGCACUAACUACCUCCUGUGGUGGUAAGUCAUUAUUAGGAGGAGCAUACUUAAGUUCUGAAAAAGCUAUUAUUACCUCUACUUUGUAUAGUGGAUUAGAUCCUCACUGGUCAGUAGUUAUUGGUUAUACUCUUUAUAAAAUCGAUUCUUGGAGUUCUGAGAGUGUCUAAUUAUUUGUAGAUAAUAAAUCCAGAGUUUCUACAGUAAGGAGUGAAAGUGAUGGAGACUCAAAUAUAUGUGGAAGAUUAUCGAAGAAAGACUAAAUAAUAAAAGUUUCUAAAAAUAUUACUCAUUCUAGCUCAACUCUUUAAUUUAAUAUAAAAUCUUAUUUAAGAGGAGAUUCUUUUACUAAAUCUUUUGGAAUUAGAGAGUUGUAUAUUCUAGUAGACUAUUGCUCAAGUAAUUGCAAAGAAUGCAACGCCUCAGGAUGUGUCAAAUGCAAUUCUACCUAUUAUUUGUAUAAUUCUUAGUGUAUUUUAGCUUGCCCAGAUGGGUAUACCUCUGAUAGUGAUAAUACUUGUUAAGCAUGUCACUCCACUUGUCUAACUUGUUCAUCACCAUCGAGCACCUCAUGCUUAACUUGCAGAGAUAAUAAUUAUUUAAAUCCAGACCGUACUUGCAAAGAGAGCUGCCCUUCUCAAUUCUGGGGUGAUGACUCAAAAUGGUAAUGCAAAUAAUGUGAUGCACCAUGCUACAAUUGUUAAAAUCCAGGUAAUUCAAAUUCAUGUACAAGCUGUAGUGGAACUUUAUACUUACUAGGAAACCAGUGUUCAAGUGAUUGCCCUGCUCAUACAUUUAAAUUAACUUAAACUUUCAAUAAUAUAUGUUAAACAUGCCAUUCGUCUUGUAAAACUUGUGAUGGAGCUACAAGCAAUAAUUGUUUGAGUUGUGAAGCCCCAGACUUAUUUUAUUAAAAGGGUUCCAAGACUUGUUCAGAUACUUGCUAAUUAAAUUAAUUUAAAAAUACAAGUAAUUAGGAGUGUACUUCUUGUCAUACUACUUGCGCUUCUUGUUCUGGUCCCUAAAAUAACUAAUGUUUGUCUUGCUCAGGUGCUUUAUUUUUGUUCGAAAAUUAAUGCAUUCCAGACUGUCCUGAAAAUUAUUUUAAAAAUACUUUAAAUAAUUAAUGUACUCUAUGCCAUGCUAAUUGCUUGACAUGCAACGGAAGUGGUUCUAAUAACUGUCUUUCUUGUUCACCAUCAAGCUUACUAGAUCUUAGUUCACAUUAAUGUGUAUCUGAAUGUAGCUCAAACCAAUAUUCCGAUACAAUCUUAAAUCAAUGUAAACAAUGUGAUUCUACAUGCUUAACAUGUGAUGGGUCAGGAAUAAAUAGUUGUUUGAGCUGUUUAGGACCAAAUUUAUUUUACUAAGCAGACUCUAAGAGUUGUGUUACUAUUUGCCGUCCUAAUUAAUUUUAAGACGCAAUAAAUCAACUAUGUUCAUCUUGUGAUCCUUCUUGCAAAACUUGCUCAGGUCCUAGUAGUAGUAACUGUCUUACUUGCUCAAGAGGUCUAAUUUUACAUGAUAACGAAUGCAUCAACAGUUGUCCUGAAUAAUUUUACUAUGAUGUCGUAAAUGAUAUAUGCUCUCCAUGCAAUUCUAAAUGUCUUACAUGCAGUGGAAGCGGAUCUGAUAAUUGUCUUUCUUGCAAAUUAAAUACUUAUUUAGAUCCUUCCACACAUAGAUGUGUAGAAGGUUGUAAUAAGAAUUAGUAUAUUGAUCAUGUUUCUAAAGAAUGUAAAUAGUGUGAUAUUUUGUGCAAAACUUGUUAUGGACCAGAUAGUAAUAAUUGUUUAAGUUGUGAAGGACCAGACUUAUUUUAUUAAGAGAUCUUCAAAAAGUGCGUUUAGGAUUGUGAUAAAAAUUAAUAUAAAAAUGAAGUUAAUUAGACAUGCUCAACUUGUGAUCCCUAAUGUGCUACUUGCUUUGGUCCUGGUAGUAAUAACUGUCUCUCUUGCCCAAGAAAUCUAAUUCUAAGUUUAGGAUAAUGUGUUGAAGUAUGUCCUGUCUCAUAUUAUAAAAAUAGUGAUAUUAAUGAAUGUCUUCCAUGCGAUCCUACAUGUUAAAAUUGUGACGGUCCUUUAGAAAGCAACUGUACAGAAUGUCCAUAAGGAUUGCUAUUAUAAGAAAAUAAAUGUGUAUCAAAAUGUGAUGACUCUUAUUAUGUUAACCCCUUUUCUAGCAUUUGCCAAAAAUGUGAUUCUUCUUGUCAAACAUGUUUUGGACCUUCAGAAUCUGAAUGCUCUUCUUGUGCCUUAGAUUUAAUUUAUUUGAAUAACUCUUGCCUUAAUGAAUGCCCUAAAAACUAUUUUACAGUUUAGUAAACUGAUGUUUUAGAAUGCUUUGAAUGCCAUAGAUAUUGCUAGCUAGGAUGUUCUGGUCCGCUUAAAGAGGAUUGUGAUUAGAUAAAAUACCAAUAUUAAAUAGUUAUUUUUAUUUUUGUUGCUAAAAGUAUUCUCUGGAUAGUUUCUUCAGUUAUUGGUUACUUUUUAGAUAAAAGAUAAUCUAAGACAUUUAAUUCUAUCAUUAAAUCUCCUCGUUAUGUAAGUAAAAGUGAAAAGGUUUCUAAAAUUAGUCUAAAAUAAGAGGAUGAUAAGUAAGAGGAUAGUUAGCAAUAAGAAGAGUAAAGUUAAAACAUUGAAGAAUUACAAAAUGAAUUAGAAAACUAAUAAAACUAAAAAUAAAACAAUUUAGAAGAUGUUUAAAAUUUAAAUUUCUUAGAAUAAAUUAUGUAAUCACAUAUAACAACCAAAAAAAUAAAACCAAGAAAAAAAUUUCAGAAUUCUUAAAGGUCUAUUUAAAUUUUAGAGUAUCAAUAAACUAAUUUAGAAUCAAAUCAUCACUCUCAAACUAAGAUGUCCAGUUUAUGUUUUCCUACUAUUGGUACUAUUUAAAACUUUAAUAAAACCAAUAACCAAUAAGUUGUAGAUAAUUAAGGAUAGGAUAAUUAAUCUUCCUAAUAACAGGCCUAUCUUGCAAACAAUAAAUUUAAAUUCACAAUACUAGGAAAUGAGUGGGUUUCUUUGUUUUACUUUUAUGAUUAAGAAGUUUCCAGAGUUACAAGGGCUAUUUUAAUAUUUUUAAAGUAUUAGGCGUUUUUCUUAUCUUCUGAGCUAGUUUACUCUGUUUUAAAAACCACCUAAGAAAUUUUAUUAAAAAAGUCUAUGAAAUUUUUGUCAGUUAUUUUUUUCACUCUCAUUCUAAGUUCAAGUCUCUACAUUGCCUUUUGGUUUGCACCAUAACUUCAAAAUUUGUAUCUUUAGAAAGAUAAAGCAUGGAGUCUUUAUGUUGGAUUGCUAUUGAUAUGUGAUUUCUUCAUACUGUAAUAAGUUUUAAGUUUUAUUUAAUAUAUCUUUACGAUCAAAUACUUAAAUUCUUUACAAA